GUGAGCACAUCCAGGACGCCAUCAUGUGAUUUGGAAACGUCUCAAAGCUGAAAACCAUCUGUGGUCCAGUUCAGUGUCCAGCAGCAGGUGGAUGAAGACCCUCACUAAGUGGAUAUGACUAGGACUUAUUUUGUCGGUUUGGCUUGCAGCCUCUGCCUUCUUCUAGGUUGCGGCUUCACAGUAAGCCUGGAGGUCAAGGUGGGGGCUGAUGUUACUCUAACGUGCAUAUACGACGCUGGGUACUAUGGCAAGCUGUCAGUGUGCUGGGGCCGAGGGCCCAUCCCUAAUAGAGGCUGUGCCAAUCAACUCAUCAAGACAGACGGAACAACGGUGACAAGCAGACUCUCUGAGCGUUACCUGCUUCUGGGUAAUAUUGGUGAGGGCGACGUGUCACUGACCAUCAGACAGGUUGAGGAGAGUGACACGGGGACAUAUGGCUGCCGUGUGGAAGUCCCAGGCUGGUUCAACGAUCGCAAACAUCAGAUCACCCUGACGGUGGUCCCAGCGCGCCCUGAUGCGCUACAGGUGAAGAUGCAGGAGGUGAGGGAAAGGAGCCUCACUGUUCGCUGGUCUCACGUGUUUGACGGGGGAAGGCCCAUCACAUCCUACAGGAUUGACCUCAAGAGCAAAGAGGCACUAUGGGAAGCUGCAGUGACAACUGAAGUGUCAAAUCCAGACUUGACACAGGUCACUCUAGUGGACUUGCGCCCUGCUAAGAACUACAACCUCCGCAUGUUUGUGAUCAACAGUGAGGGCAUGAGUGACCCUAGUAAUGUUCUUACAAUCACCACCAAAGAAGCAGCACCAGAAGGUCCACCUUUGGACAUGCGUCUCCUAGCGCUCUCAUCUACGAGGAUCAAAGUCACCUGGAAGCCUCCGAGGGCCGAUCUGAGAAAUGGGCUUCUGCGAAGUUACAGCAUCAGCUACAAAGAGUACGACCCUGCAGGCAGACCCUCAAAACGGUGGCAGCACCAAAGUGUCGGGGCCACGCGGGAAGAGGAGAGCCUCAUCCUGAAUGGACUCAAGCCAUCCACCAAGUAUGGCGUGCUGAUACAGGCCUUGACCAAUGAGGGAAUAGGACCUGCCUCUACUGCACCCCUCUGCUCCACGUUUGAUGAGGUUGUCCAAACUUCAACUCAGGCAACAACCAAGACACCCUUUACUGUCAUAUGGAACACUGAAGACACCACAAGACUCAUCUCAGGGUUCACAGAUCGCACAACUUUAGUGACUGAAGUGAUUACUGCCAGCACAGCAUGGGAACCAAGCUCUACAGGUUUCGUUUCAGAGUGCCCGGAUCCCCCUGUUGUUGAGUUAAAGGAAGUCAGAGAUACCACAGUUUCUCUUUCUUGGACUGCUGGAUUUGAAGGAGGUGCCCCCAUUAUCGGAUAUAUUCUUGAGUAUAAAGCAGUGAAUGGCUCGUGGGAUUUUAAAAAAACAGUAGUGGACUUUAGUCCCAACCAGACAGAGGCCACCAUUAUAGAGAUAAAUCCCUCCACGUACAACAUCCGCAUGUUUGCCAAGAGCACCCUGGGCACCAGUAAACCCAGCAACAUCCUCACUUUCACAACUGGAGAGAAAGGUAAUCAGAAGGAUUCCCUCACCACGGCCGUAUCCAUCGACACUAAUGCUGCAACAAGCGCUGAGGAGGCUGGAAGUGGUCACCUCGUUGCCAUAGUUGUUCCUGUUGUGCUGGUGAUGCUGUUGGUUGUUGCCAUAGUAACCGUGUGGCGACUGCGACGGCUAAACUUGAAAAAAGGCAACCUCAGCAUGUGGCUGAGCAAUGCAGCGAUACUUUACAAAGGCUCUGACUCGAUGCAGGAGCUGUGAGAUACUAUAAUCUUCUUUACAGGACAUUCAAAAUGUGUAAGACUAAAAACAGCAACAUACUAACAUGCGCAGUUUGUCAGUGACAAUAGAAAGCACAAAGAUCGGACAUGACGUUACACUCAUGUCCUCAUACAUGUGGGUCCCACAGUAGUUGGACGAUGACAGUGUUUUUAGUAUUUUGCAUUUUAUACACCACUACGAUGGAAAUAUUACAGCAUAUUGAACGGAAAGAAUGAAGAUGUGAUUCAAAUUGAGGUUUGAUAUUUAAAAAAGAAGUCAUUUGCCAGACUUUUUGAAGGUAAAUAAAAUGAAAAUUUUUCUGUGACCAAGUCAGUAGCUUAAUCUCAAGCCAGUGGUUCUUAAACGUUUCAUAGAAAGUACCAGUAAAAAAACAACAAAAAGAGCUCGGCGAUACGUCUGUUUGCAUUACCUCCGCAUACUAUCACAGGUUAGCUUUGAAUAUUGUGACUUCUAAUAUUACUUUUAUUUUAAAAACUAUGUUGUUCCUGAGUACCACUUGAUGGAGCUCCAAAAACGAUGGCUACUAAAUACAGUUACAGUAAUCCCUUCUUUAUCACAGUUAAUUGGUUUCAGACUCAACCGUGAUAAGUGAAAUGGAAUAUUCUUGUAGUUAGUGCAUAGAAAAACCUUUUACUACCUUCUAAAUAGUGUUUUCAACAUUAUUGGAACCCUCUAGAAAUGGAAAAAACACCCUAUAGUCACCUUUACACUCGUCUUGCCCAAUAUAGUAAUAUAGUAGGCAUAAUAAGCAGACAGGAAGUGAUGUUGGGGGUUCAGAUUUGAGUUUUAGCUUGGCGUGGGUUAUGGCCGCAACAGCAGCUCAUGUUUUUAUUAUGGAUUUUUUAAUUAUAGAUUGUUGUGCCUGUUGUGAGAUCAUUCAAACCUGCAAUAAAAGCCUGUUGUUCCGGCGAUCAAGUCUGGUACG